AUAUUUACCAUUUAGCGAAUUUAUCAGAACUUGUGGAUGGGUUUCUGUUGCUAAAACGGACAAAGUGAGAUAGAUUUAGCAUUUUGCCACGAUGACGACAUUGCUGUCUAAGCGGACUGUGGGCGUUUCGAGGGCGCCCAGCCGCUAGGCGGUGCGGAUCAUGUCCGAAGCGGGAAGGCCAAUCAAAAGUGGCGCAUCGCGAAAUCCCGAAGGUGCGGAAUCUUCUGGACACGCCGAGGGUGCGUUUCAGGAAUGUGCAUCCGAGCAACAUUCAUGCCUAGGGGGCGGCACAGAUUCCCACCUUCCAGACUCUUCCAUGCCACUGAGUGUGGAUCACAUGACCUCGCCCCCCACCCAGCCUCCGAUGAGCUCCAUGGUGGGACACCCGUCCGUCAUCAGCACCUCCCUGAACCCGGCACGGCCCCUGCCCUCCCCCAUGGGUGUUAUGGGUUCUCCCAUAAACGGGCUGACCUCCCCCUACUCCGUCAUCACCUCGUCCCUUGGCUCCCCCUCGGUCUCCUUGCCAUCUACGCCUGGGAUCAACUACGGAGCACUUAACAGUCCACAGCUGAGCAACGUGAGCAGCACAGAGGACGUCAAACCCCCCCUUGGACUUGUGGGGAUGGGCAGCGUAGGGGGGUACCAGUGCACCAGCCCCGGCUCCAUGUCCAAACACAUAUGUGCAAUAUGUGGAGAUCGAUCAUCAGGGAAGCACUACGGCGUGUACAGCUGCGAGGGCUGCAAAGGCUUCUUCAAGAGAACCAUCCGGAAGGACCUCACCUACACGUGCCGGGACAACAAAGACUGCCUGAUUGACAAGCGACAGAGGAAUCGCUGCCAAUACUGCCGCUACCAGAAGUGUCUGGCCAUGGGCAUGAAGAGGGAGGCCGUCCAAGAGGAGAGGCAGAGGAGCAAAGAGAGGAGCGACAAUGAGGUUGAAUCCACCAGCAGCUACAAUGAGGACAUGCCCGUGGAGAAGAUCCUGGACGCUGAGCUGGCGGUGGAGCCCAAAACAGAGGCCUACAUGGACGCCAGCCCAGGGAACUCGACUAAUGACCCCGUCACCAACAUCUGCCAAGCUGCAGACAAACAGCUCUUCACCCUGGUGGAGUGGGCGAAGCGUAUCCCUCACUUCUCGGAGCUGCCCCUGGACGACCAGGUCAUCCUACUACGAGCAGGCUGGAACGAGCUGCUCAUAGCCUCCUUCUCGCACCGCUCCGUGACGGUCAAAGAUGGCAUUCUGCUGGCCACCGGGCUGCACGUGCACCGCAGCAGCGCACACAGCGCCGGCGUGGGCUCCAUUUUCGAUCGGGUGCUGACGGAGCUGGUGUCUAAGAUGAAAGACAUGCAGAUGGACAAGACAGAGCUGGGUUGUCUACGUGCCAUAGUGCUCUUCAACCCAGAUGCCAAAGGUUUGUCGAACCCGGCCGAGGUGGAGGCCCUGAGGGAGAAGGUCUAUGCAUCCUUGGAGUCCUACACAAAGCAGCGAUACCCAGAGCAGCCUGGCAGAUUUGCCAAGCUGUUACUACGCCUGCCCGCCCUCCGCUCCAUCGGCCUGAAGUGCCUAGAGCAUCUUUUCUUCUUCAAGCUCAUCGGCGACACGCCCAUCGACACCUUUCUCAUGGAAAUGCUAGAAGCGCCACACCAGGUCACAUGACAGGAAGCCGCUCUCUGUAAAUAUUCCCAGACCUCUGUAAUUGACACAAAGACCUGCAUAUUUUGUACUAAGCACAAUUACUAAUGUGAACCUUUGUAUCAGGGCUUAAAAACUACACUGUUACGAUAAACCUAAAAGAAGUGUAAAGAACCUUUUUUUGUAAAUAGUUUAUUUCGAUUACCCAGUUUAACAAAUUAAUGCAAUUUUAAAACUUUUUAUUCAGUGAUAAAAACAAGAACUGAGUCACCAGCCUGGAGUUUCUAAGAUGCCUAUUUAGAUUUCCGAGAGAAUAAAACGACAGCAUCGAAA